CAAACUCUAGUGGUAAACCCUAACCUUUCGCUCUGAAAGAGUGGGCAGGGAUUCUCAUCUCUUUGAUUGGGUUUGUUUUUCUUCUGCAGCGCAGGGAGUUGUGAAGCCAUCAAAGAUGACGUCGGAGAUGGACUCCGAUAGAGAGCUGAGCAAGUUCAUAAACCGCCGUAAUGAGUUGAAAGCAGCCACCACGGCGAACAAAGAAGGUGGUCAACUCAGUGUUGUCUAGGCAGAAAUGUCUCAAAACUCUGGAAACUAGUAAUAAUAGGGUGGUGAGAUGAAGCUCCAGGAAGGAAGGGACUUGUUUAGUGAUGCAAACCCGUCUUGAGGUUGUAAUAUAUAUCUUUCAAGGGAUAUUCAAAAGAACCCAACUUAAAUUGACUACAUAAACAUUAGAGAUAGUUGAGAAGAGUGAGGGUGAGGCACAGUACAUAAUUUUUAGAUUUAGUCUCUAUCUGACUCUGUAAAUCAGAUUAUGGU